AUGUCACCACCAAGCCUCACGAUUGUUUUUCUGCUUAUAUCUGCUACAUUCGCUGCUUCACCAUACUGCACGCCUUCUGAUGCUUGCUGGCCCUCGGUUACAGUUUGGCAACAAUUCAACUCGUCAAUCAGUGGACGUUUGAUUCAGGUCACUCCAUGGGCUUCUCCCUGUUUUGCCAUCCCAGGGCCGAUGAACCAAGCUGCUUGCAAGAGUAUCGUUGCCGGUUACUUGGAUGAUUUUACAAGAGCUAAUCAAUGUGGUGCCUAUGAAAAUUUGAAUUCCGAGUACUGUGGCAAUCUCGAGUGUUCGUUGAAUUAUCUUGCCCCAUACGUGACGAUUGGACGAACAUGCUCUUUGGGACGUAUUCCUCCAUAUGCAGUCAACGUGCAACAAGACUCGGAUGUUCAAGCUGCUAUCGCAUUUGCUAAAUUGUACAACAUCAAAUUGGUCGUGAAAAAUACCGGCCACGACUACCUUGGAAGAAGCUCAGCGCCGGACAGUCUCAUGAUCUGGACUCACAACUUGGUCUCAAUGAGUGUUCAACCUUCCAACAGCAUUUGUGGUGAAUCCCAUCCGACUAUAACUAUCGGUACUGGCGUACAAGCUAAACAAGCCGUAACGUUUGCUGCUAAUGCUGGAUUUGCUCUCGGUGUUGGCCAAUGCGAGUCGGUUGGUACCGCAGGCGGCUGGAGCCAGGGUGGAGGACACGGAACUCUUGCGCCUCUUAUUGGCAUGGGAGCUGACCAAGUAAUGCAAGCCAAGAUUAUUACUGCCGAUGGUACAAUUCGUAUCAUCAACAAGUGCUCUCCUAAUGACAAGGAUCUUUUCUGGGCUAUGCGAGGUGGUGGUGGUGGUACUUGGGGAGUUACAACUGAAAUUGUGAUGAAGGUCAUUCCAGAUAUCGUUGGAAUAUCAGUCGUAUGGGAAUCGAACUUUACUCUUCUAGCCGACCUUGGGUUGAAGGAUACCGUCACAGGGAGUUUCAUUACGAUGCUCGCCACAAGCCAACCCACAUGGGCAAAUAUUAGCUCUGGCGGACAGACGUUUUUCUUCCCAUAUGGAUUCCGUGCGAUUUAUUAUGUGCCAAGCUCCAACCAGGCAUUAGUUAAAAGCGCCUUUGCGUCUUUGCUCAAUUUUCAGCAAAAGUACCCACUUUUGCUUCAGACAUAUACCUCAAAGGUUCAGACAUGGAAUCGAUACGUUGACUUUAUCAGCAAUAUCAUGGACCCUACUGUCGCCUAUGAUCCAAAUGGCUUUUGGUUACGCCCAGCGUCUCGGUUGAUGCCAAAGACUCUCUUCCAAACCAGUGCUGGUAUUGACAAGAUGACGACUGCCAUCAUGAAGGGUGCUGCCGCUGUCAAUGUGGCACUUCAACAAGUCGUCCAAGCUAUCCGACCUUUUUCUUAUGUGAUCUUCUCCACAGGCCCUCUAAAUAAUCCUGAUCUUGGCAACACUACAGCUGUAAAUCCUGCCUGGAGAAACUCUUACUGGCAUGUUAUUUAUGGAACUGGUUUGCCUCAAGGAUUCCCUCUCGCUGUACGAAACAAUAUGGCGCAAGCGGCUGAUAAUGGCGCUCAAGCUCUUCGUGACAUUACUCCUGGAUCUGGUGCAUAUAGUAACGAAGGAAGUAUUCUUGAACCUGACUGGCAGAAUUCUUUCUAUGGGUACAACUACCCAACGCUGUUGCGAGUCAAGAACAAAUACGAUCCCGCUGGAAUCUUUACGGUUUGGAAGGGUGUCGGUUGGGUAGCAGGUGCUGAAAACACUGACCGUUGCUAUGCUAAUGCAUGA